GACAAUUGACAAAUUAACAUAACUAGGGGCUAUUCGAAACUUUGGAAAAGGAUCCUUGAUCCUAUGUGAAAAGGAAAAUUGAAGAUGUCUUCAGACGGUGGUAGAAGAAAACGACAGGACGAUUAUGAAGAAGCGGAUUUCUCUAAUGAUGGCACAAGUCAAAAUAAAUUUGCUGAAAUUAAAAAAAGAAGGGAAGCACAGAAUAAAAUUAGGUGUCAGCGAUAUAGAGAUAAGAAAAAAAAGAAAGCAAUCGAUGAAAUAAUUAGUUCACAAAUUUAUAAAGAACCAACAAGCAUUGUUGACGAGGAAGAAGUAAUCAAACGUCGUAAAGAAUAUGACAAACAAAAAAGUCAGCGGUACAGAGAUAAAAAAAGAGCUUCUAAUUUGAACAAAUUACAUAGAAAUCAAUCCUCUAAAACAGUUGUAAGGCAUGUUUCUAAAUGUCAAAAUUUCUGUAACUCACAAAUUGCAGGCCCAUCAUAAAGAAAUGUGCCAUAUGUCCUACCAAUUUAUACUGAUGACCUAUCAACACGGGAUGAACCAUACAUUCCAGAGUCACAUUCCGAUUAUGAUAACGAUAUUCAUAUUGAUCCCCCUUCACAAGUUGAUUAUGUUCCACAACUACAUGAAGCAAUAAUAAGAAACUAUGUACGAAAUACUCCAAAUAUUUUUCACAGGAUAUUCAAAAUAAUACUCAAAACGCCUUCUUAACAUACCUGUGCAAACAUAUUCUUCUUUUUUUAUAGUCGGGGCAAACGAGCAUGUUGCUCACCUGAUGGUAAAUGACUACGGCCGCCCAUGAACGACUGCAACACCAAGGGAAUUGCAGAUGCGUUGCCGGCCUUUUAAAAAGGAGUAGGCUCUUUUCUUGAAGGUACCUAAGACGUAUCGGUCCGGAAGAAUCACUGGUGGUAAUCAAUUCCACAAGGAAGUUGUACGAGGAAGAAAACAUCUUCUAAAUCGCACAGUGGUGGACCGCCAAUCAUCCAGGUGGUAUGGAUCGCAAGUUUUGUCGCGAUAUGCGAUGGUGAAAUUGAGCGACUGGAAUUAGUCCGAACAAUUCCUCAGAGCACUCCCCAUGGUAAAUGCGAUAAAAUACGCAAAGAGAUACAACAUCUCUACGCAGUGCCAGUGAGUCAAGCCGAUCGGAAAGUACUCUGGUCGUCGACAAUUCGAACCGCUCUGCGCUGGAUGCGGUCCAGUGGAAGGAGCUGGCACUGGGGAGCCCCUGCCCAGAGAUGGGAACAGUAUACCAUGUGAGGCCGAACCUGCGCCUUGUAAAGUUGCAGGCGGUGUGACGGCAUGAAAUACUGUCCCGCUCCGCUGAGCACGCCACGCUUUUUAGAGGCCAAUUUGGCCUUCUCUUCCAACUGACCACGAAACUGCACGUCACUCGAUAUGUCGACGCCGAGGAUUCCGAUACUGGUUGAGGCAACAAGGGGAGUGCUUUGAAACUGAGGAGAUACGACAUAGGGGUUCCUUUUAGAGGUAAACGCGCAAACUUGUGUCUUCUGGGGAUUGAACUGGACUAGAUUUAGUCGCCCCCAAUCAGAGACUUUGUUGAACAAAGUCUCGACUUCAGACACAAGUUUGUUCCGGUACUCGGCGAAGUUUUCCCGAGAAAUGUUGGCACGGCCGGUGUAUAGAGCAUCACCAGUGCUGUCAUCUGCAUAGCAAUGUAUGUUACCAGUUUGCAACAUAUCAUUGAUAUGCAAAAGAAAAAGCAUUGGUGAUAGCACGCAGCCUUGUGUAACACCAGCGUUAAUAGGCUUGUAAUCGGAGCAUGCAACGUCUACUACGACCUUGAUGCUCCGAUCAGCCAGAAAACUGGUGAUCCAAUGGCACAAUUUCUCGGGAAGCCCAUAGGAAGGAAGCUUCGAAAGAAGCGCUUUGUGCCAGACCCGAUCGAAGGCCUUCACUAUGUCCAAACUAACGACCAAUGCCUCCCCCUUGGACUCGAUCGCCUGCGCCCAUCUAUGUGUUAGGUAAACAAGAAGAUCAUCAGCUGAGCGACGCCGACGGAAACCGUACUGACAGUCACUGAUCAGCUGGUGCUCCUAAAGGUACCGCAUGAGUUGGCAGUUAAUAAUGGACUCCAUUAUUUUCGAAAACAAGGAGGUGAUGGCGAUAGGCCGGUAAUUGGACGGAUCAAAGCGGUUACCUUUUUUAGGGAUCUGGUGCACUAAACCUGUCUUCCAUAAAUUCGGGACAACGCCUAGGAAGUAGGAGUACCAAAAAAGACGCGUUAGAACCGGUGCCAGCUCUAGAGCGCACGUCCUCAGCACAAUUGGCGGGAUUCCGUCAAACCCACUCGACUUGUGGAUGUCCAGGGAAAAGGAGUGCUUUGCGUAGUGAGCACUGUGUGAAUCGCACAUCAGGCAUGGAGCACUCACAUCGCGGGAUGGUCGGCGGUGUGUUCCCCCCGUCAUCUAGAGUCGAGUUGGACGCAAAAAGAGAGCUCAACAGAUCGGCUUUCUCCUUUGCGGCGUGGGCCAGUGAGUCAUCCUCCCUGUGCAGAGAUGGUAGUGAUGGCUUACAGAAAUUUCCUUGGACAGCCUUGGCGAGAGACCAGAAUACACGGGAGCUUACUUUUACAAAACACCGCCCACUUCGAGAGUACAACAUGUGCAGAAAGAGAGAUAAUCGUCGACACACGGCUUAGUGUGAAGAAAACAGAAUGUUCACACACAUCUGUUCUCUUCAUAAUCACAAAAUUAAAUUUACCGAUAGACAAGGACAGAGAUAGGAAACGUCAUAGUUGUGCGAGCGAAAUCGCGUUGGUUAAUCGCGUAUCGUGUCUCUCACGCAUGUUUGUAUUAUCUAUCUUGCUCUCACAAACAUGGCGAACAAUAAACAUCAUUAUAAUUUACAACAAAAUAAAAUUUUUAGCUAUAAUUAUGAGUGGUAAUUAAUCCCGUGUAUCUUAUUUUUAUUUCUUGAAUUAUUAGAACACUGUUUAGCUGCACAAGAAGUCACUCAGAGUCUUUUUUUUUAUAUCAACUCUAAAUUCCUUUAGUAGUUUCUCUAUUUCUGACAUUUUGGUGCCUUAUAUUAUAGAACCGAAGUGCUGGAAUGUAACUGUAUCAACCACAGGUAUCAACUAUCAACAACUCAACACAACCGUUCUGCAGCGUCCGUACAGUUAACGCCAUCUACGGAAACUACAGUACUAAUUAAUACAUAUCUCCGCUAACUCAAUAACUAGUCGAAAAAUCGAUCGAUGUCUUUGAGCGUGGAAAGUGGUUUUGAUGAUUCACAAUAGAUGUCGCUGUUAUUACGCAGACACGGGUCUCGUUGGAUAACAUAGCAAAAAUAAACUUUGUUGUUAUAGGUUA